CGCCCGUCAGUCUGCGUAGCUCCGACUGAGCGGGCCAGCCCUCCUGGGACGCCUCACCCCCGGGGCUGCUGAGGCCCGCUGUAGCUCUAACUCCUCAGCUUUGCCCAUAAUUAAGGAUCAUCAGCACUGCGGAAGGAGCUAGGAGUUAGCCGGUCUGGUGGCUUGCACUGAUAAACCCUAAGCUGUUGGCACUGGAGGUUGCUGCUGUCGUCGUCGGUCUGCGUUUGGAAGAUGGGAACGUCUUGCUGACCAGCCUCUCCAGGGACCUCCCAGCCGCGUUCGGAGCCUGCAGCUUUCUCUCAGGAUGGGCAGCAGCAGAGUAUCUCGGAGGUCCUGGGCCCAAACCUCACAGCCCAUGCAGGUCUGAGCAUUUCCUUGCCUGUCUGCGGCAGAGGAUCCAGUGCUCAGGUGCGCUGAUGUUUGCCCUUCUGUGUAAAAACAUAAUCCGUCGGAGGUUGGCAGAUGCACAGGUGUUAGCUGCGAAACCCCAGUAAGAGAAUGAGUGAGAGAGACAUACAGAGCUUGAGCAAAUGGGUUUUCGUGCUCACUCUCUGCCUUACCACGCUAUGGGGAAGACUGACGCUGGCCUCCGCACACCACAGAAGCCAUUCAGUGCAUGUAGAGCCUGGCACAUGUGAAGUCAUUGCAGCUCACAGAUGCUGCAAUAAGAACAAGAUUGAGGAGCGCUCCCAGACGGUGAAAUGUUCCUGCUUCCCGGGGCAGGUGGCAGGGACAACGCGGGCAGCUCCCUCGUGCGUGGAUGCCUCCAUCGUGCUCCAGAAGUGGUGGUGCCAGAUGGAGCCCUGCCUCGAAGGCGAGGAGUGCAAGGUCCUGCCAGACCUCUCCGGCUGGAGCUGCAGUAGCGGCAACAAAGUGAAGACAACCAAGGUCACACGAUAGUUUCAGUGGUGCUCUGCUGUGGACUCAGCUGGUGAGCGUUGCCUUUUCGACAGCUGGGACAUGGAGCGGUGCAACACAGCGCUGAUCCCACAGGGAGAGGAUCCUUUUGCGCUCCGCAGAGCCACAAGCAGCAGGACUUUCCUGGCGUGGACAGAGUACAGCUGGGCCAGAGGGCACUGCAGUCCCCCUGCGCUGCACCCCGUUGCCCUUGCUGUUGGGCAUCUGGCAGUGCUCCGUGCCUGCUGUGCCAGAAAGCUGAGGCUUACAGAGGCCUGACGGUGUCCUGGGCCUGCGUUCCUGGGAACCCUUCUCAUUGCUGUUCAGGCCAUGCCAGGUACCGGUCCAGUGCUACCGCUGACAUCCAGCUUCCCUUAAGGCUACAGUCAUGGGUCCCGAAUGCAGUUGCAAGACUCCUAUCACUCCACAGCCCCCUUCCCCCUCAUGGACACACUCACCAUGGGCUCAUUUUCCCAUCCUGUUGAAAAGAAUUCUCAAGUCAUACAAGAGCUGUUGACAAUUACAGAGAGAGAGAGAGAGGGACAACAGUCCCCCCAAACUGGCUUUAUUCUUUCAUUUAGGUAAAAUAACUGCUGUGAGUCACCUUUCCUCCAUCUCCAAGAUAUUGAAUCAGUGUCACCAUCAGGAAAUUAGAACUCAAUGAUCGUAUGAAGUCCUCCCUCCGUUUGGUUUGCUGUUUUUAACCCAGAUGUGUUCCCAGGAAAAGUUUGCACGCUCUGGGCGCCUAAGGCCAGGAGGGCUCCACUGACAUUGGUAGCACUAUUUCCUCUCUGCCCCAUAGUCUAGCCCAUGUAACCACAACCCAGCCCCACAUGUAGUGAAAGCGACAGUGCAGCCUGGGCUGUCUGACACCGCUCCAGACAGCGGAGAUGGUAUCAUGUAGCCGUGGAGCAUGCUGUUGGUUUUUCCUUCCUCGGUAAUUGCAUUAAUCAGGCUGUUAGUUUAAUAUCUGUUCUCUACAAUGCAAGUCCCAGGCACCAAAUUACUGCUAAUGUUUGCAAUAGCAUUUCAGAAUAAUGCGAGGGGGAACCCUUCUUCUUUCGAUUUGGUUUGUCAUGCCUAAUGCAGCAUAGACAGCCAUCCAGAGACCCAGACAGACUGAGACAGGCUUUGUUGCAUUAAUACAAAAUAAAUAAAGAAGAAUGUACCACGUCCCAGCAGUGAGCUCAUGUCCUUUCCCAGGAUGUACCGUUGCCCCUGAUACUGCAGUUAGAGGGAGGUACAGCAUGAACCCUGUCAUCCCAAAUUCCUCAAGGUGCCACCACUGCUGGAGCCCACCCCGGCCGGGGGAGCCAGCGAGUGCGGGUGGUCUUGCCGUUCUCCCCCCAGGCCUCUUUCGUUACCUGCACCGAGGGGGGCCGGUGGGAGAUGGUGUAACAGGGCACUGUUGACUCGGGAGGGUGCCUGGACGAAGCCUUGGGAAUGAAAACACCUGACGUGCAACAGGCCCCCAAGCGCCGAGUGCUCCCCAGGCAUGAGCAGGGCCGGCGGCAGAGAGCAAAGCGACGCUUCAAAGGAUGCAGGUGUGUUUUGCAGCAGGUGGCCUCUGCACUUCAACCGCGCGACCUGCAGGACUUGUUAUUUAAAUGUUUUUGUAAUGGGGUACGUAAUACCUGAUUCAGAUGUGAUGUAAAUAUCAGACUGUGAAAUAUUAAAUCCAUUUUAAUCUC